UUUUAUUAUGAAAUUUCAGUCUUUCAAGAAGAAUAUAAAGACGAGUUUAAUAUAGAUUAUUAGUAUUUGUUUGUGAGAACGAUCAGUAAUUAACUAUGGGAUCUGCCCUUGGAAUUAUAAUAUUGAUUUGCCUACUUAAUGAAUCAAUAAAAGCGUCCGAAGUUCCGAGUAAUAUUACAAAGCUUUACAAGAAAGAAUUAUCAGAUGUGAAUGAAAGAGACAAAAGACUUAAAGUUAUGUUUAGUAACUUUCAAGAAAGUAAACAUCAUGAUGAUGAAUUUCAGCCAAACGUAAACAGCACAAUAACACGUAGAAUAUGAUUUUAUCCCUCCGAAAAGUGCGAUUGAAAAAUAACUACAAUAAACUGACGGGUGUUGCAAACAAGAUGAUGAAAAACUUCGUAAAUAAGGGCGAAACUCAGAAAAUCUCUUGUAUUACAAACGACGAUAUACAGUGGUCAAUGCCAGGUGUGGCUAAGUUUCAGACAUUGUUCAGUGUUUGAGAGGACUAUGAUAACGAUGAUAUUUGUUAUCGCUGCUUAUUUUGUGAUUCCGUGUUGAUCACCAUUUGAGCAUUGUGUAAUGGACCUUCGUGUAUUUUCCCCUUUUAAAACAUAUUCAUAAGAUUUAACUCUCAUUUCAUGGAAAGGUUAAAUGACAGGAUUUUAUUAGCCUGAAAAUCAUAUUAUAAGCUGGAUUUUAUUUCAUGAGACACGACCCAUGAGUAAAAAAAAAUCGAAAAGGAAUGUUUUGUGUAAUUUUUCUGAAGUAAUUAUUAGACAAUAUACUUUCAAACUUUGCU